AGGUAAGACACAAUAGUAUGAUAUUCAAAAAGUCAAUAUCUACGUUUCGGUAUCAAGGUUAUUGAUCCAUUUGAAUUGAUACCAGAAUAAUAUUGAGAAAUAACGACAUGCAGACGACGAACCCGAUAUUUUCCUGAAAUGGCGCAAAGUUUAAACCGAUCGUAUAGAGGACAAAGUCGAGGAAGAGGUACUGGAAGGGGUAGAGGUUAUGGAAGAGGAAGGGGAUAUCAAUCACGAAGCGAAUCUGAUUGCCGGCGACCUAAUAGCAGUUCUAUCGGAUCAGGAAGGAAAAGUUGGCGGCUUUUGUUUGGAUUCAGGAGGCUUACAGAGUUAAAAGAUAAGGAAUCAAACGAAAUUCUUCUUCAAUGCACUUCAAACAAGGACACUCUGGAAGAUGCUCUUAACGAUACGGACCACGACGACGAGAUGUUUAGUCUUAUUUUGAGAUGCUGUGCUAAAGCAUGUCAGUGUGAAUCAUUAUCACAAAAGCUGUUGGAGUUUCUUAUAAUAUUAGAAGAUUCAAAAUUCCUAAAAGAUACGCUUACUGACUAUAUGAUAAGACUUCAAAAUUUUCCAUCUUCAGAAAUUGAGUUACAUGAAGACAGGCUAGUAGACAUAAUGAUAAUUUUCACCCAAUUGAAAAUGAAAGUUCCUAAUGCAAUGUUACUCUCUUUAGGAGUAUCAACUAUGUUAGAGGGAGUUCUUCAAGCAGUCGAAAAUGAAUGUGGAAGUGUCAGUUAUAAACUUGCUUCUGCAUUCAAAGAAUGGAAGGAAACAAAACAAAUUGUUGUUAAGCAGAAAUCAUCGAAACAUAAUAAGCGAUAUUUGUCUAUUGCUGAAGAUGAAUGGCUGCCACCAGAAGACUUUAGAGCCAUUCCAGUCUUUCCCGAAUCAGUUGACAUUAAUGUACAAGACAUGCCGUUCUUACGCAGAAACAAGACCGAGGGUCGUUAUCAUGACUUGAAUCACUAUUUAGAUGUACAGUUCCGUUUAUUAAGGGAGGAUUUUAUUGCUCCACUUAGGGAAGGUGUCAAAGAAUAUAUAGAAGCUGUAAGUACUAAUGGAAAAACGACAAGGUUGCAAGAUGUAAGAAUAUACACAGAUGUCCAAAUAAUCAGUCCAAUUUGUAGCAACUUAGGAUUAUGUCAACGUGUCACAUUCUCGUGUCCUGGUUUUAAUCGUAUACGAUGGGAAUCAAGCAAGAGACUCAUUUUCGGUUCAUUGGUUGUUUUAUCCGCAGAUAAAUUUGAUACGUUCUUUUUUGCUACUGUUGCAAACCGUGAUUUAAAAGAUGUUAGAAAGGGACUGGUUGACCUUCAGUUUGAGUGUGAUUCACAGAGGAUAACAUCUGUUCCCCCAGGAACCAACUUCGUCAUGGCAGAGACAAGUGCAUAUUUUGAAGCAUAUCGGCACGUACUGCUUGGCCUACAAAAAAUGAAAGAAGGAGACUUGCCUUUUGAGAAAUAUAUUGUACAUUGUGAGGUGAAUGUUCAGCCACCAGCCUAUCUUUGUCGACAGCCAUCUGCCCGAAUGGAUCUGCGUCCGUUGGUUGAUGAAGAUAUCUGGUUGAGAGACGAGAGUCACCAACCUGGCCGACGCGUACAAGAUGAUUUAAAGCCCGUAUAUACAUUCAGUGCCAGGGCAAACAUGGCGAAUAACAUCAAAGUUACAGAUGAAAGAUACUGGCCAGAUCCAGAGCUAUUACACCUGGACAAUUCUCAGUUUGAUGCCGUUCGCACAGCUCUGUCAAAGGAAUUUGUGAUCAUACAAGGACCCCCAGGUACCGGAAAGACAUAUAUUGGACUUAAGAUAGUAAGAGCAUUGCUCCACAACAAGCCAUUGUGGACUACAGAUCCCAUAACAAGAGAACAUAACAACAAGCCACUUUUAGUCGUUUGUUAUACAAAUCAUGCUCUUGAUCAGUUUUUAGAAGGCAUCAUAAACUUUUACAAAGGGGAUGUCUUGCGUUUAGGUGGGCGAAGCUCGAGUGAGAUAAUGAAAAAUUAUAGCAUCGCAAACAAACGUGAAGUACUUAGAAGAAACCGGAGUAUACCUAAAGCCAUUUAUAUAGAAAGAACUAAAACAAGAAUUAGAGUAAAAGCCCUCCGAACUAGUAUCAAUUUACUAGCAGCGAGAAUAGAAAGUGCAAAAAUUAAUAUAUUACACGAAGAAUGUCUUCAAGCAAUUAUUAGCCAAAAACAUUUCAGGAAUUUAGUAAGUGAAUAUGAACGUAUCAAGUUUCACGAGAACACCAGAGACUUCCGAAAUGCCAGGAAACGAAAGGCAUCUGCUUUAAUUGAAUGGCUAGGCUACGGGCAAUUGUUACAACAAAACACUAAAGAAAGGAUACCAGACACUAUAAACAAAGACAGAGAAACAUCAACCGAAGACGAUUUAGUAGACGUUAUAAAUGAAAUUGAUGCAGAAAUUCAGCAAAGGCAAACAGAUGGUUACAACGACAAUGAAAAUGUCAAUGAAAACGAGGCUAUUGCAGAAGUUACUAAUAUUCUUUCCCGCUUAGGUAUGGGCGAUAAUACUGUUGCUAUUAAUGUAUCUGAAAUGGACGACGAUGACGCUAUUAAUCCUGAAAUGUCUUUUCGUUCAAAGAAUAAUUCAAAUGAAUGGGAAAUUCAAGGUCAACAAAAGAGAAGCAUGAAAAAAAAUCUUAAACUACAACUUCGUUUAAAUGAUUCUAUGAAUGAUACAGAAGUUUCACAAAUCCGUGAUAUUUGGAAUUUGUCUUCAGAAAAUAAAUGGCGGCUUUAUCGAUAUUGGAUUUUUCAGUACUGUAACAUUAUUCAAAGAAACAUUGAUCAAAAUGAAGAGGAAUUUAAGAAUGCAUGCAAAGCCCAUUUAGAAAUACAGAUGCAAGAAGAUAAAGAUAUAAUGAAACAAGCCACUGUUAUCGGCAUGACAACUACAUGCGCAGCCAAAUACCAACCAGUACUUAAAGAGCUUGGACCUAGAAUAAUAGUAGUAGAGGAGGCGGCAGAGGUUCUUGAGGCUCAUGUUAUAACUACUUUGAGCAAACAAUGUGAACAUUUGAUUUUAAUUGGCGACCAUCAACAACUUAAGCCUAACCCAACAGUGUAUAAACUUGCACAAAAUUUUAACCUUGAUUUGUCUUUAUUUGAAAGAAUGAUAAAGAACAAACUCGAAUAUAAUUGUCUCCAGCAACAGCAUCGCAUGCGUCCAGAAAUAGCAAAAAUCAUGAAAAUUAUAUAUCCAAGUUUGUUGAAUCACGAAAUUGUUCAUACAUAUGAGGAUAUAAAGGGUGUUUCAAAAAAUGUAUUUUUCGUCGACCAUUCUGAAAAAGAGUCUUCAGAGGAAGAAUCAAGAAGCCGAUCUAACCAACAUGAGGCCGAAUAUAUCGCCGGACUUUGUAAAUACUUACUAUUACAAGGAUAUUCUUCCUAUCAAAUUACAGUUUUGACCUUGUACUCUGGACAGCUUUUUUGUCUUAAACAAAAAAUGCCAAAGUCAAUUUUUGAUGGUGUCAAAAUAACAGUAGUCGAUAAUUUCCAAGGAGAGGAAAACGAUAUCAUAAUAUUGUCAUUAGUCCGGAGCAAUGAUGAAGAUAACAUUGGUUUUCUUAAUAUCGAAAACAGGGUAUGCGUAGCAUUAUCUCGUGCCAAAAAGGGGUUUUAUGUUAUAGGAAAUUUUGAAAUGCUAGCACGAAAAAAUCAAUUGUGGAAGUCCAUCAUAAACCUUGCUAAAGAUGAUGAGUUUAUUAGUGAAGGGCUGACUUUAUACUGCCAAAAUCAUCCCAAUGAUAAAGGAAUAUACGCGCAGUCAGGGAGCGACUUUAAGAAAGCACCAGAGGGAGGUUGCAUGAAACCUUGUGAUGUACGUCUCAGAUGUGGUCAUACUUGCACAAGAGCUUGUCAUGUAAGCGACAGGAAACAUGAACAAUUCAAAUGUAUGAAACCUUGCGUAAAAAAAGCCUGUGAUUUAGGACACCGAUGUCAGGGCCGAUGUAGUCACAAAUGCCCUCCAUGCAUGUUUCUUAUCGACAAAAAGUUACCCUUUUGUGGACAUAUUCAAAAUGUUCCAUGUUCUAUAGAUCCCUUAAAAUGGAGUUGCACAGAUAAAUGUAAGAAAGUUCUAAAAUGCAAUCACUUAUGUGGAAACCUUUGUGGGGAAAGUCAUACAGAUAGAUGUCAAGAGUUAGUCAAAAUGGACUGGUUAUGUGGACAUUCUGCAACAGUCGAGUGUUACCGGUCAAACAUGCAAUGUCCGUCAAUUUGUCACAGCGAACUUAGCUGUGGUCAUUUGUGCAAAGGAACUUGUGGCGAGUGCUUUCAAGGAAGACUUCAUAAGGGAUGCAAACAUAGAUGUAAUCGUACACUUCUUUGUGAACAUCCCUGCAAGAACUACUGUUCAAAUUGUCCUCCGUGUACACUUAAAUGUGAAAACAGUUGUAUUCACAGCAAUUGUCAGAAAACAUGCGGCGAACAGUGUAUACAAUGUAUCGAGAAAUGUGAAUGGCAAUGUCCACACUUUCGCUGUGCCAAAUUGUGCAGCCAGCCAUGUGAUAGACCAAGAUGUUCUCAUCGAUGUAGUUGUCUAUUAAGAUGUGGUCAUCGGUGUAUUGGAGUUUGUGGCGAGCCCUGUCUAACUUUAUGCAAAAUAUGCAACAAAGAUCAGAUAACCAAAAUAUUUUCCGGAUUAGACGACAAACCUCAUGCGCUUUUUGUUCAGUUGGAAGACUGUUCUCAUGUUUUUGAAGUAGGUUGGCUUGAUAAAUGGAUGGACAAUGAUAGCCAGACUCGUGAAAAAACACCGGUGAAGUUGAAAGAGUGUCCAAAAUGCAAUAAGCCAAUUAGACGAAAUGUUAGAUACGGUAACCUAAUAAAGCAGACUUUGAAAGACAUUGAAACUGUAAAACAAAAACUAGAGCAAAGAAAAUCCGAGCUAGAGUAUUCCGCGCUGCGAAAAUCUAGAUCAUUAGUUUCAGCUGACCGCAGAAUAUUUAAUGAACUUUACUCUAAAAAUCAGAUAUCAUCCCAAAAUAAUUUUGCAGCUGUAGAAAAUCAGAUAAGAUUUUUAAUAACUUUAUCAGAAAUUAAAGAGAAAUAUCAAAACGAAGUUGUUAAAUCAAGAACUGGGGGGAUAGAGUUAUUAAAUGCAUUGCAACAAAUAGAUGAGUUGCAUGAUUUCAUCAUCAAAGAUCGAAGCUACUUCACUAUCCAGGAAACAGAUGAUAUAUUGAGAGAAAUAGAAAGAUUCAAUCUUUUACUGAAAUAUUCACUUCUCAAAGAAUGGAAAUUAAAAUCUGACAUUAAAAUGGACGCAUCCUUUGAUGUCAAUCUAAGAAAUGUGAAGAGAUACCUGACAGAUGGGAAUCCACUUAUCGAUCGAAGAAAGGUCUUUGUUACUAAAUUUCUCAAGGUCGUUGAAGACCUCAUACCUCGAUUGGGUCUUGGUUUAUCGGACGGAGUGAAAACAGUAUUGGUAAAUACAAAGCAGCUGUAUAAAGGUUAUUGGUACAAAUGUAAACACGGUCAUGUGUAUGCAGUUGGUGCUUGUGGAGGCGAAGCUGAAGGAAGCGUUUGUCCAGAAUGCAAGACGGAAAUUGGUGGAAGGGUUCGUCGAUUGAGAGAAAGAAUGGAAACGAUGUCGUAAUAAAAAUGGGAUUGCUACUUCAUGAUUCGACUCAUGCUUUUGCAAGUCGAUAUCGAUGUGCAAAACAACACAAUUGUGUAUGGCAAUUUCGUUUGGAUUUUAAUCGUUGGAUAAUGAUACAAGAUUUAUACUAACAGCAACUGCAAUAAGAUUUUUACGAAAUUCAAACUAGUUAGCUAAAAAUAGGACAAUUAUAAAUAUUUUAUCAAAUCACAAAUUAAUCAUUCUUACUCUUUUGAAUUUAACAUAUUUUUGUUGAACAGAUAUAAGUAUAGCUAUUCAAAUAUAUGUAAUGUUUUAAACCAUACUGUAUGCUCAGUUUAAAUCUGAAAUAACACUAGUCACGCCCAUUUGUUUUGUUUUUGUUUGUUUUUCUAUAUUUAUUUAAAAAAAUAAUUGGUUUGAAUUAUGUGUUUAGGUGGAUGGAUCUAAAUAGAUUUGUACAGACAUUCAAGUCGUUCAAUAAAUCAUUUGUAAAGACUCCAAAUAUACAUCAAAUAUGUCUUUCUAAAUUGUACAGCAUAUAUCGUACAAAUACUUGCCUAAUUCAAGGCUUACCAAUGUGAUUAAAAACAAAUAGGUUGUUAGGUUAGGCGGUAGUUUUAUAUAUGUAGUUAUUACUAAAUAAUUAAUUUUGCAAAAAAAAUACUUUUUUUUAGCUCACCUGGCCCAAAGGGCCAAUUGAGCUUUUCCCAUCACUUGGCGUCCGUCGUCGUCCGUCCUCGUCGUCCGUCGCCAUUAACUUUUACAAAAAUCUUCUCCUCUGAAAAUACUGCGCCAAAUUAAACUUGGCCACAAUCAUUAUUCGGGUAUCUAGUUUAAAAGAGGUGUCCGGUGACCCGGCCAACCAACCAAGAUGGCCGCCAUGGCUUAAAAUAGAAUAUAGGGGUAAAAUACAGUUUUUGGCUUAUAACUAAAAAACCAAAGCAUUUGGAGCAAAUCUGACAGGGUUUUAAAUUGUUUAUCAGGUCAAGAACUAUCUGCCCUGAAAUUUUCAGACGAACCAGACAACCUGUUGUUGGGUUGCUGCCCCAGAAUUGGUAAUUUUAAGGAAAUUUUGCUGUUUUGGUUAUUAUCUUGAAUAUUAUUAUAGAUAGAGAUAAACUGUAAACAGCAAUAAUGUUCAGCAAAGUAAGAUUUAUAAAUAAGUCAACAUGACCGAAAUGGUCAGUUGACCCCUUUGAGAGUUAAUUGUCCUUUAUAGUCAAUUGUAAACAAUUUUUCACUGAAACUACUGGGCCAAGUUCAUUAUAGAUAGAGAUAAUUGUAAGCAGCAAGAUUUUUAGUAAAGUAAGAUGUACAAAUACAUCACCAUCACCAAAACACAAAUUUGUCAUGAAUCCAUCUGCUUCCUUUGUUUAAUAUUCACAUAGACAAGGUGAGCGACACAUGUUCUUUAGAGCCUCUAGUUUAAUUUCUGUUUCAAUAGAAUUUGCUAUUAUAUUUGUAUACCAAUGUUUUGUUUUCCUUAUUUAUCGAGUAAAUUGCAUAAGAAGCUUGUGAAAUUUAAAUUUUAGCAAUGAUA